AUAAUUCUCGAAAAAUUAAGGGAACGAUCGAGGAUAGCAGUAAAACUUUCGGUCAGAAAAAGGGUUAAAAAAGAGUGAAACGGAGAGGGGUAGAUUUAUCUUCCCCUAUCGCGAAAAAAUCCGCAAUUCCAGCAGCGGCCGAUUCCAAUUACAUUUUUGGCCAUCGGUGUGAAAUUUCGGAGCGGUUCGAAAGGAGGAAAGGGGAGAAGAGGGGAGGACGAUCACCGAUCCCCAUCGUUCUAAUUACUUGGCGAGCUCCGCGCGAUCUUUCCUCCUAUUUCUAUUAAUUCGUUUCUGGCACCAACUCUCUUCGCUCUUCGAACUUUGCUAUUUAUGCGGCCACCGCCACGUAAAAAUCCAUUUACCGUUAUUUAUUCAACGUGGCCCGCUUCGGUGCGCCGAUGUCCAUUAAUAUUCGACCAGGAUACCUUCUAAUUUUUAACCUGCGUUUCCUGCACAGUUUUGUACAUGCAUGCGAAUACCUAUAAUUUCAACGAUCACCAAGCCUGGAGCGAGAGGAAAAGAAAAAAAAAGAGAAAAAUUCCACAAACUUGAUGCGUUUCCUUUAUUCUUCAAAUCGUUCGGAAAAGAAAGAUCCAAACUAUCUUUCUAAAGACUUUCUUUCGAAGGUAUCGAAGAUUUCUCGAAAAAGAUUUCUAUCCCUCCCGUACUUUCUCACGAGAUUGAGGAUGAGGGAACGGCAAAUAGAGAUUAAGCUUUCUCUCUCUCACAAAGACGGCCGACACACAGUAAUUUGUCCGUGAAAGAUUGAAAAACGCGACUCUUACGGGCGCACAAUCUCCUUUACCAAUCGCCCUCCAUAGAACGGCGGUUCCUCGAACGAUUCCACGGGCAGUGUAAGUGUGCAAGUGUCCAGGGAGUGUACGGUCAAAACACGAUCUCCACCGGGUACAUUUUAACGGGCCAAUUUAAGCGGGCUCAACGACCCCUUCUUCUAAACCGUAAAACGCUAAACGGUCUAAUCGCCAUUAUGCUACGUCCAUUAUAUCAUCUUCGGUAUUUCACUUAACGUCUCUCUCUCUGUUGCCUCUGAGCGAGCCAGUUGGCCGAAUUGUCCCGCGUCGACCGAUUUCUCGCUUCUCCAAAUCGAUCCUCGCUCGACCGCCAUGCGUCUUCUACUUUUUACCCUCUGGAUCUUGAAUCUUGGCGCGACUUGGUGCGAGUCUAUCGAGAACAGGAGCAUCGAACGAUCGAGGAGAGGAUUCGAGGGGGAAUACUUGGUGUUUCCAGAGGGAAGCAACGUUCAACUGGUGUAUUGCAUGACCAUCACUACUUACUCCAAGCCUCGAGGAAUGUUCAACAUCGGAUUGACGGCUGGCCAGGCAUGGGAGCUGCCCUCGAAGAGCACCCUGUCCAACAAGUUCAAGGAUUAUCAUCGUCGAAGCAGAAGAGAGCUCUAUCGCAAGUUGGAACUACUUUUGGCAAGCCGGGGCAAGGAUGGGAGAGGAUGCGUUUUGAAGGCGAUCUGCAACGCGGCUGGGAGGAGUCGAAGGGACGUUGGGAAAGGAUCUUUCAUGCGGGAGAUUCUCCACACGGUGUUCACAUUGCCGGCGAGCUACGACGACGGUGAUCCAACGACCGAGUACGAGAGAGCUUACUUCCUAAAAGAGAAUUGCAACGAAGCGGAGUGGAAAUGUCCGGAUGUUGUGUUCUGAGAGAAUCUUUCUUCUUAAUUUACCAAAUAAUUGUAUCACCACUGUUACGCCUUCGUCCAAUCACCAUACUUUUACUCCAAAAAUUAUUUAAUUAUUAACCCGCGAAUAAAACGAAGAUCGCUCGUUUCUUGUUUAAAGAACGAAUAAAAAAAAAUUGCCAAUCUCUUCUUCGACAGAACCAUUUACUUUUUUUUUACGAAACGACGGUGAUGAUUCGUGAACAAAUCGCGUUCGAAAAAUAUCCUGAAUAAUUUGGUUAUAAAACCAGUCCGGUAAAUCGUACACUUGACUCGAAGAAAAAAUUACAGCUUCUGAACAAUUUCUCUGUAAAUCUAUCCGUAAGGAUGAACUCGUGCGAUAAAUCGUGGAAGACGACGCGAGAUGUCGGUAUUCGUGGAGCGAAGGAGCCUUAUCGGCGGAUUCAUCAGCCCUAGGACAACACCGCGGCCUGGAAUAAUAUCGUGGCAUGUGCUCGAGCACGCACCCUUCCUGGGGAUUGCGGCCUGGUUUCGGUAUUUUGCUUGCACGCGCGCGUAUCUCGCUUUCGACCGCGUGUUUGCGCGUGCACACAUUUCGAUGUAACGCAAUUCCCCCUUUGAGAACGUCAGCCGAGGUUUGCGCUCGAAUCACCCGCCAUUAACAUCCUAUCCCCUCUCUCCCUUUCUCUCGAAUCUCGACCUCGUGGAAUUUGUUUGAUUUGCACGUCAUUUGCAAUUUUAGAAUUUGUACCGUUGGAUGUAAGAAGAUUCAAGACUUCUUCUCGGCGAAAUACUUAAUCAGAUUCUACCUUCUUUUCUUUGUAAAUAUCCUGUGAAUCUCGUUUUCGAAUACGUUUCGUAAUGGUCGACAAACUUUUUUUUUUUUAAUGUUUAAGGAACUGACGAUUGACGAUUAAGCCUCUUUUUGCAUCCAACGCUAAUCAAUUCUCACUUCUCAAAAUUUCAUCGUUACAGCGUCGCACAUUGGUUCGAAUAAUUAGGUGGACAAAAUUCGUUUUCAAAUUUGUAAAAAAUAAUCAAUGUAUUGUAAUCGUACAUUAAAAUUUUCAAUCCUCUUUUUAAACGUUUAGAGAUAGGCAGAAAAUUAACCGAUAACUGAUCGAUCACGUUUCAAUAGUUGAGAAAUAUUGUGCAAAUUUAUUAAGAAGCAUUUAAAUUUCAAUUUUAUAACGGAUAUGACGUCUAUUUUAAUUAUCAAUAAGUUUUUUAUUUUUUUAUAUAAAUCGAGGUUAAAGUUAAUUAACUUCGUGUUUCAGAAAUUCACAAAUGCGACGAUUUGUCAAUGAUAUUUUUAUAUGUUCCACUUCGUUCCACGCAAUAAAAGUUGGAUAUAUGAAAAGUAGAAA